CGGGCCGGGCCGAGCGGGGAGCGCGCCGCCCGCUGCCCAGCGCCCGCCCGCUUCCUCGCGCCCCUGCCUGCCGCGCGCUGCCCGCCGCCCCGGAGGAGCGCCCGGCGGCCGGCCGGCCCGAGCGCAGGCGGCACACCCCGCCCCGGCACGUCCCGCCGGGCUCGGGCAGAGGCAGCGCGCCCGAGGACGACGCCGGGGCCGGGAGCCGAGGCGCAGGUCAGCCCCGAGCGCGCCCAGCUUCUGCGGAUCAGGAGUUGGAACGGAGCACCUUCCUUUCCUCCCAGCCCGACCUCCUUCUGCAGAACGGAGCUCAAUAGAACUUUGUUGUUUUGCCUUUUACUCUGGGGGGAGAGAAGCAGACGAUGAGGAGAAAAUAAUGAAUGUCAAAGGAAAAGUGAUUCUGUCAAUGCUGGUUGUCUCAACUGUAAUUGUUGUGUUUUGGGAAUAUAUCAACAGAAACCCAGAAGUUGGUGACAGCAGCAUUCAGAAGGGCUGGUGGUUUCCAAGCUGGUUUAACAAUGGGACCCACAGUUACCACGAAGAAGAAGAAGACAUAGACAAAGCAAAGGAACAAAGAAAGGAGGACGAAGAAGAGCUUCAGCUCUUGGACUGGUUUAAUCCACAUAAACGCCCAGAGGUUGUGACCAUGACCGGAUGGAAGGCGCCAGUGGUGUGGGAAGGCACCUACAGCAGAGCUAUCCUAGAAAAUUAUUAUGCCAAACAGAAAAUUACCGUGGGCUUGACGGUUUUUGCUGUCGGAAGAUACAUUGAGCAUUACUUGGAGGAGUUCUUAACAUCUGCUAAUAAGUACUUCAUGGCUGGCCACAGAGUCAUAUUUUACAUCAUGGUGGAUGAUGUCUCCAGGAUGCCUUUGAUAGAGCUGGGUCCUCUGCGUUCCUUCAAAGUGUUUGAGAUCAGGCCUGAGAAGAGGUGGCAGGACAUCAGCAUGAUGCGCAUGAAGACCAUCGGGGAGCACAUUGUGGCCCACAUCCAGCAUGAGGUCGACUUCCUCUUCUGCAUGGACGUGGACCAGGUCUUCCAAGACACCUUUGGGCUGGAGACCCUGGGCCAGUCGGUGGCUCAGCUGCAGGCCUGGUGGUACAAGGCAGAUCCUGACGAGUUCACCUACGAGAGGCGGAAAGAGUCCGCAGCAUACAUUCCGUUUGGCCAGGGGGAUUUUUAUUACCAUGCGGCCAUUUUUGGGGGAACACCCAUUCAGGUCCUAAACAUCACCGAGGAGUGCUUCAGGGGAAUCCUCCAGGACAAGAAAAAUGACAUAGAAGCCGAGUGGCAUGAUGAAAGCCAUCUAAACAAGUAUUUCCUUCUCAACAAACCCACUAAAAUCUUAUCCCCAGAAUACUGCUGGGAUUAUCAUAUAGGCCUGCCUUCAGAUAUUAAGCUUGUCAAGAUAUCUUGGCAGACAAAAGAAUAUAAUUUGGUUAGAAAUAACGUCUGACUUUAAAUUGUGCCGGUAGGUUUCUGAAUUUGAGAGAGUAUUAUUCUGGCUACUUCUUCGGAAAAGUAACACUUAAUUUUAACUUAAAAAAAAAAUACUAACAAAACACCAACACAGCAAGUACAUAUUACUCCUCCUUGCAACUUCAAGCCUUGUAAUAUGGGAGAAUGAACCUAUGGUAAUCAGAUGUAAAUUCCUAGUGAUUUCUUACCUUUUCUGGGUUGGGGGGGAUACACUACCAGCUAAACAAAAAAAAAGAAAAAAUUGUCAUGGGCAAAGAAAAAGCCAGAAACACUCUACAUGCGUCAGUUGACCUACCAGAGAAAAGUAUGCAUAGGGAAAUGUUUGGCAACAAGAUACGAUUGUGAGCGGUUGUCCUCUUGAUUUCAGUGUCUUCCUGUCUCUGCUAGCAGAGUUGUUCUGCAAACAGGAGAACUCUUAGUAGGACACGGUUAACCUUGGCAACCCUCAAGUGGUUUCAACAGCAGAGUACUGCAGGCCAUUUGUAGUCCACGUCCUUUUCUUAUCAGGAUGUUGUUUGGCUUCCGUGCAAAGACUGGUCAAGACUCCCAGUGGAUAUCAUAGUGACGAAUGUUGCGAGUCACAGGGCAUCUGAUGAGCCAGUGGGUGCUCAGCAUGAAAUGAAAACAAGCCUCAAAGUAAGUUUGCCAUGAAAUAACAGAGAGUAGAGAGACGGGGCUGAUCACUGUGGGGGCAGUGCCACCUCUGAGGGGAACAGGGCAUGGGGUUGGCACAUAAAUACAGCAGCAUGGAUGCCGGCACUGAAUGGGAGGCAAUGUGGGUGGUCUCCAGGCUCCUCAACCGUUAUGACACCAAGAGAAGUGUUGUCUUAGAAGAUGCUUCUUGUUUUGGCCAAGUCAUAUUCGGUCCACCGUGCUCUGGAACUUGAGUCUUCAAAUCCUUGGCCAGAGGAAGCGGGUGGUGUCAGAGUAGACAAAGACCUGCAGGGGAUUGAAGAGGCUUGCAAGGGGUUACGUUUCCCAGACCUGGGCUUCGUUUCAGGACAGUCGGUCAUCAGCAGAUCCUGCCACCACCUGUUCUAACCCUCAGCCCGUCAUGCCCCAACUUGGAGGGCUGACAUCAAGGAACCUCUUGUUUUCCCCUGCCCCAUCUGCACUACUGAAGUGUAACAAUCAGAUGUGUAUAAUAAAACAGUUCAUUGAUUUUAUAUCAAAAGUAGAGGGCAUGGCAAUGGGAGACCCAGUCUUCGUGACUGAACAGCUUAACCUUCAAUUCCUUUCUCUAAGAGAAGCUAUGGGCUUCCCUGGUGGCGCAGUGGUUGAGAGUCCGCCUGCCGAUACAGGGGACAUGGGUUCGUGCCCCAGUCCGGGAAGAUCCCACAUGCCGUGGAGCGGCUGGGCCCGUGAGCCAUGGCCGCUGAGCCUGCGCGUCCAGAGCCUGUGCUCUGCAACGGGAGAGGCCACAGCGGUGAGAGGCCCGCGUACCGAACAAAUACUAGGUUAUCUGAUUCACGAUUUUUCAAAGGUCUCAAAAUGUCCUGCUUGAAAACCGUCUACCCUCUUAGGAUUCUCUACAUGAAUUCCCAACCCAUUAUACCAUAAAUGUUAAAUCUCCAAGAAGAAGCUGUAUAAAAUUACUAUGUGAUCUUUGUAAAACGAAAGGUAAGAGUUUGUCCUUAAGUUCAACCAUCAAGCCAUAUCUAAUUCCUUUCUGCACACAGAGAAUUUCAUAUUCCAUAGAUUACGUAUCACAAAGGAAUUCUGUAAACUUGAUGGCUCAAAUUCCAAGGCCAAUGCACAAAUAAUCUAAAAAUUAUAGUUUAGCCUCCAGCCAGUGGUCUGAAUCAAUUUUGUAUUCAAAUACUUUUGAGAAGGGGCACAUAUUUUAUGCUGUUAGCAGUCCUAUCACCUUUCUUAGAAUGAUCUUCAUAAUAUUGUUUAAUUAAAAAUAAUAACUUCCUUCAUAACUAUACAACUCUUUAGAGUCCAAGUAAGUAUUUUCAUAAUGAUCUCUUUCUCUGACACCCACCCUGUGAGCUAGGGUGGCUUGGAAGUGGCAUUUAUACUUUUCUUUUCUGUAGGAAAAGCCCUUUGUGCUUUAGAAAAAGACAAAUAAAGGUUGUAAGAGCUCUUGUAUCAGGUCAGCUUAUGCCAGCUAAUGUCCUAAGUCUUUGGGCAGCUAGCUCAAAUAAACAGUGUUUCUACUGACUUAACUCUAUUUUCGUAUAGACAGAUAUCCAAGGAGCAGAGGUGCCUUACAUCCCAGCCAAUAUCUAUUACCUCAUCUAGUUUAAGUCAUGGAGAGGUAGGAUUCAACACAGCAUACUCUGUGUACAUUGUGCUUUAUUUAAUCUAGUUUUAUCCGUUUUUUUUAUCGUUCCAGGAAAGAAUGAGAUACCAAAGGAAAAUAAUUCAAUUGUUAUUAAUCUUAUUGUUUCUGUGGGCCUUGCAUAGAGCGUAUCAUUUCAGGUAACUUUAAAAAAUUAAUGAUAUUUUAUUCUGGUGUUGGUAAGGAUCUGGCAUGUCAGAAAGGUGAUAGGUUUUCCCCCUGAAUGGAUCAGCAUCUAAAUAUAUUGAUCCUAAUAUACCCAAUUAUAUCCAAAUAAUAUCCAAGUAUAUCAGCAUAAACAUAGCCUUGGCAAAAAGUUCUUUGUUUCUAAUGUAAUCAGAGCUAAAUGUAAAUUUUAUAGGCCCAUGUGUGUGAGAAGAAGCAAUGUUAAGCCAUCAAGACAGUUACCAUGUAAUUAUGGCAGUGUAAUGUUAGUACAUGUUAUAGAGAAACUGCUGUUUUUAAAUAGGUGGCAUUUUUUAAAAAAAGAAAUGUCCCUAAUAUUGUUGACUUCAGACACUAAGUGUGGUAUUUGCCCUCCACAUAUUUGAGCAAGAAGAAAGUCUUCAUUGGCAAUUAGCAAAUUUCACUGGGUUUUUUUUUGUUGGUUGGUUGGAUUUUUUGGCCUCGCCAUGCAGCUUGCAGGAUCUUAGUUCCCCUACCAGGGAUUGAACCCAGGCCCUCUGCAGUGAAAGUGCUGAGUCUUAACCACUGGACCACCAGGGAGUUCCCACAAACUUUGUUGUUUAAAUGUUAUUAAGUUUCUCUGUCAUUUGUAUCUCAAAUAAUUACUUUAUUUUUUCAGAUAUAGCAUAUGAGGUCAUAACUACAGUGAUUUUUAUCAUGUUUAUUACUGUAUCUCUAUAACCAGCAAUGUAUUUGGCACAUAGUGUAUGUCUUAGUCUAUUCAAGGUGCUAUAACAAAAUACCAUAGACUGGUUGGCUUAUGAACAACAGAAAUUUCUCACAGUUCUGGAGGUUGGGAAGUCCAAGAUCAAGGCACCAGCAGAUUUGGUGUAUGCUGAGGACCUACUUUCUAGUUCAUACACAGCCAUCUUUUCAAUGUGUCCUUCCAUGGCAGAAGAAUCUCUGCCAUGGGAUCUCUUUCCUAACGGCACCAAUCCCAUUCACGAGGGCUCCAUCCUCAUGACCUACUCACCUCCCAAAGGCCCCACCUCCUAAUACCAUCACACUGGGGGUUGGAACUUCAACAUAUAAAUUUGAGAGGGACACAAAUAUUCCAUGCAUAACAUUAUAUGUUCAUUAAAUAUUUGGUAAUAUUAAGUAGUAAAAUUAGGUAAUAAAAUUAAUGGAUUUAUAGGGGUAUAACUCUAGUCAUCUUAAAUGUGGAAGCCCAUUAUUUUAAAAUUAAUACAAUGCUUUUCAUUUAUCCUAAGCACAAAGAAACUACAAAGGAUAUAUCAGUGCUGAGACCCCAAAAUAUAAUGCUUGGGAAACAUCCUAGGACUUUAUAUCACCAAAACUAAAGGAGGGAAUGAAUACCAAAUGGAGAAAGCUGUUAUUGAUGGCAUUUGCUUUAUCCUUGAUGUGAUGAAGCAUCAUUUUCGAAUAAAGAAGAACCUAGAGGAGAUCAAUCUCUGCUG